CAACUCUCAAACGGUUGACUACGUGGGAAAGGAACAAGGAAGUGUGGAUAUAUUGUACAUUUAUCUAAAAACUGUUCUCAUUUCAAAGGAUACAAGUGACUACUUAGGACAUAGAAUGAAGUAGAUUCACAUGUUUGGGAAUUGUGUGUUGUUCCUCCCAAGACAUUAUGAAGCACACUUCACAGCCUUUAGGUCUUUGGAGAAAGGGGUUGUCACUAGCCAUCACUGUCAAUGUACUGAUGAGUGUGACCUUGACCCCAUGCCAGGGGAAGGUCAUCAAACUCAAGUUGCAUCAUGGCCGCCAACAGACAGACCUUCGUGCCUGGUCAGCGCAGCAGACGUGCAACUCAAAACCUUCAUGGUCAGUCUGGCGAGGGUUACUAUAUCGAGAUGAACAUCGGUACGCCUCCGCAGAAGUUAAAUGUCCUUGUUGACACUGGCAGCAGCAACUUUGCCAUCGCAGCAUCGCAGGAUGAUGAAAUCAGCAAGUUUUUUCACACCAACGAGUCCUCCACGUAUGAGGAUAGUGGGAGGUCUGUGUAUGUCCCUUACACCCAAGGGGACUGGACAGGGGAGCUAGCCACUGACAUGGUCAACCUCCCAUCGCUGCCCAACAUCACCGUCAGGUCCAACAUUGCCUUCAUCACAAGGUCUUCCAACUUCUUCAUCAACACAUCAGACUGGCAGGGCAUCAUCGGAUUCGCAUAUCAGGAAAUUUCACGGCCUGAUGGGGAUGUGGAACCAUUCCUUGACAGCCUGGUGAAGCAGGGUCAUGUCCGGAAUCUCUUCUCUAUCCAGCUGUGUGGGGCUAAAGCACUGCCCAAUUCGGUUUCUCUCAACAUGAGCACAAACUCAAUGGAUGGGACAAUGCUGUUAGGGGGAGUGUCAGGCUCUCUGUAUAAAGGCAACAUCUUCUACACCCCCAUACACCGGGAGUGGUACUACGAGGUCGUCAUCGCAGACAUCCUCGUCAACAACAAAAGUCUCAAGCUGGAUUGUAAAGAGUACAACUAUGACAAAACCAUCGUGGACAGUGGAACUACAAACCUGCGUCUCCCGGACAAAGUCUUCCAGGCCCUGGUGGAGGGCAUUCAGAACAAACUCAGUGUCCCCGACUGGUAUCCGUCUCAGUACUUCUGGAGCGGCACAGAGGUGGUGUGUUGGACUGACCUGGCCAUCGCCUACACGGGCUUCCCCACAGUGUCUGUGGCUCUCAUCAUGACCAACAACACCUUCUUCCAUCUCACUCUACUACCUCAGCAUUACCUGCGUCCAGUGCAAGAUCCCAGUGAUCCAACUUUGAGCGGCUUCUGCUUCAAGUUUGGCAUCGCCUCGUCUACAGCAGGAACUGUACUGGGGGCUGUCUUGAUGGAGGGUUUCUACGUGGUAUUUGACCGUGAACACAAACGGAUCGGCUUUGCAGAGACAACGUGUCCUCCUAGAGAUCCCAGCUCCAUUGGACCUGAUUCCAAAAUCUCCGGCCCUUUCACACAAGCAGAUAAGCAUCUGAUGAACCAGUGUGCAUACAAGAAGCCAGACCAAAAGAACGGCAGCCUGAUGGUGGUGGCCUAUGUAAUGGCAGGAGUGUGUUUCCUCUGUGUCACGCCUCUGCUCGUCAUGGUCAUACAGUACCAGGUCCGCAAAUGUCGAGGUCGACCAAGGGGAGACAACUCAGAUACAGGGAAUCUUAUAAACAGAUGACAACCACUAAAAACUAUUGAAUAAUGUCAAGUCUUCACAUAUGCGGGCAAAUAUUGAAUUAUUUUCUUUAAAUACAAGGGAUUAUUGUAUUUCAUCAAUUCCAAGUGAAAUUUAAGGCAGAUUUCCUAAGUUUCUGCUGAAUGUUUUUAAAGAAGGUGCAUUGGCAACAAUCAAAUUAGGAUUUACAAAUUAAUUAAGAUUUAUGAAUACCUGUGGCUAAGGUGUUCUAUAUAGUUUGUUCUUAAACAGAUUUAACUGUUUAAAACACAAGUAACUAAAAGAUAUUUAUCCAGGUCCUUUUUACAUCGAAACAACUUUUUUUUAUGUUAAAUAAUGGAUUCCAAAAUAUGGUAAACAUAAUUUGUUUUCAAAGAGUCUUUCACUGUUAUCAUUAUGUCAGGUGUCUAAGCAAUAAUGGUGACCAAAAAUGAUCAAAUCCUGGUAACGGUCUGUUUGCAAGUAAUUUACGACACAAUGUUAAACAAUUUUUUUUAGAUCAUGAUAGUAUUUAAUAUUUCUCAUGUGGACAGUGAACCCCACAAUAUGAACUUGGAAAAUGUUUAUUGGGAAAUAUAUCAGAAAUUCUAUUUAUUUAUGAAAGAUAGUCACAAAAUUAUGGUCACUGAUGUCAAAAUAUGUCUGUCUCAUGUUGCAGAGAUGCCAACCACUCUGAUUUUCAAAUACAAAAUCCACUUUCCAAUUGUCUAUAAAAACUCCGAUUUUUUUGAAAAUACAAAUAUGUUUAUAAAUAUAGAAUGUUUGAAAGAAUUUUAGUAAAUAGCUGUUUACAUAUGUU